ACACAGCAUUGGUAAACACAAGUGGUUAAAUAUAGCAGCAGCCUCAGCCGCAGCUCGCGGACGAACGUGAGUCUUCAGUCCUUGGCGAUGCGUUCGGGACGUGCCAGAAUCCAGAGUGGCUCCAAGCAGAAAGUGCAAUCUCUUUGGGUGAGCCUGCAGCGCUGCUGACAAGUUGGGAUCGCCUGCGUCUUCCACCGCAUUUCCCGACAGUGUGAGCAGCGAUUGUCCCUGUCUCUCUCUCCGUCCUCUGGCGUCGCAAGCUUCUCAAGUCUGCUGCUCAUUCCCGUCCCAGCUCUUCAUUCGGCUUGUUCUUGAAGGAAAAAAAAGACACACACGGAUGUAAUUCGCACACGGUAUUUUAUGGCAAGAGCUACAGAUGCAGAGACUCAGUGAGGAAGCCGACGCAAGCUCGGAUGAGGAGUUUCUGGAUGCUCCGGGUGAUAUGUCCACGAUCUCUUUGGAAACGUCCACAUUUCCCGAGCAGACAAGUGUGGAGAGCCAAGAUGAAGAGGAAGGCAUGUCCAGGAGAGGGGAAGCGUGGGCCACGGAGCCUCGCGUGCUGCUGCUGGUGCUGCACGGCAAUGGCCAGGAGCCAAAAUUCACGGGCGCCCUCGGAGCUCGGUCGUCGUCCAGGGACAGGGCGCCGUUUGUGACGGAGUCCAGGUUCGGCCGUUCCGGCAGCGGAGCUGCGGCGCAGGCGGGCGGCGCGGAGGCGCGGUGCGCGCACAAGGACGCCCUCAGCCUGCACUCGGCCAUCGACGCCGUGAGCAGGGCACACUUCCCAGCUGCCGUGGGGCGCGUGAGCGUGAGGGCAGUGCCGUGUCCGCCCAUCUGCGCCAGCGCCUUUGCCAUCCUUACGCAACUUAGUCCACACGGCUCUGACGCGAGCUGUGAGCCCAGCAGCUCGGCCCCGGCGUCUCUGUCCGUGCUGCCGCUCCUGGCGACAUCCAGCCCCCAGUACCAGGAGGCUGUGAGCACUCUGAUCCACCGGAUCAACCUCGCUCACCGCGCCUUCCUCUCCUCCUCAGAGGGCACUGCAUUUCAAGGGAAGGUGUGCUUGGUGGGAGACGGCGUGGGUGGGAUCAUGGGGUUUGAUGCCCUGUGCUGGAGCAAACGGGCCCCAGGCGACAGCUGGGACAGCAGCCGACAGGGAAGCUUUAAGAGCAGCUCGGACAGUAACCCAGCAUCGCCGGCUGGAGAGCCUCUCAGCUGCCCUCACGGCCACCAGACCCGUGGCUCCCCCCUGGCCAGCAGCCGAGGCCUGAGCCGCAGUGAGCAAGAGCUGCUCGUCAACAUGAGCGACCUACCGCCCUGUCGGCUGGAGAGGAAGCGGGCCGGGCCCUGUGUGGCACUGGGGCACCUCCACCUGCACCAGGCCUCUCUCGCCAGUGUGCAUGGCUGCUUCACUCGGGAUGAGGUGGAGACUCGGCGAUGGAGCAGUUCCUCGGCGACCGACUCCGCCCCUGCUCCCCCUCGCCUCGAUUUCCCGGUGUCCGACUUCUUCCUGCUGGGCUCGCCCCUGGCACUGGUGCUCACUCUGCGGCGUCUCGCCCUCCCCUCCAACAGCCUUUCCCAGUUGCGGCCGGCUUGCCAGCAGAUCUACAACAUCUUCCAUCCCGCCGACCUGUCUGCGUGUCGCCUGGAGCCUCUGUUUGAUCAACGUCUGACACAAAUCCCUCCGCAUAGAGUACCCCGCUACCCCAGCCUGCAGAUGGUGGAGAGGCAUUCAACACUGAUGGCGUCAGCAAUUCAGCGCUACUUCGCGGAAGAGGCCGCACAAGUCGGAGACGUCCAACACAACCUGGCGAGGACGACGUUUGAGGCGCUUCCGGAAGCAACUCGCCAAUGCCUGGCAAAAGAACACAGCCCCAUGCCAGCGGCGAUAUUCACGACCGCGGACAUUAGUGGCAUCCUGUCCAGGUGGUGGGGAGUCAAGCGGAUCGACUACUGGCUGCAUUGCCCCGAGGCCGUGCGGCCCUUCCCAGCCGUGUCCUCUGCCCAGCUCUCACACACGAGCUACCUGGAGUCCAUGGACGUUGCCGCGUUCCUCCUGCAGCAGGUGCUGGGUCCAGGCAGAGUGGGAGCGACUCAGCAGAUGUCCCAGGAUGGCUCAUCGUCACCGUGCAAACCCCUGGAGAAGUGGCUCAAGAAAAGGACUUCUGUCAAAAUUCGAAACGUCACGGCGAACCACAGGGCCAAUGACGUCAUCGUGGUAGAAGGCAGCGCACAGAGCCUUGCUGGCCGCUUCAUGUAUGGGACCCUUGACAUGGUCACCCUCACUGGGGAGAAGGUUGACAUGUUUAUCAUGACCAAGCCCCCAGAAGGAGAGUGGGUAUACUUUGACACUCAGGUGACAAACAGCAGUGGCCGCGUCAGCUACGUCAUCCCUGACAUUCAGCACAUUGGCAUUGGCCUCUAUCCCGUCAAGAUGGUCGUCAGAGGAGACCGCACGUUUGCUGACAGCUUCCUGGCUGUGCUUCCCAAGGGGACGGAGUGCGUCGUCUUCAGCAUCGAUGGCUCAUUCGCGGCGAGUGUGUCGCUCACGGGCACUGACCCAAAGGUGCGCCCAGGGGCCAUCGACGUUGUGCGGCACUGGCAGGAACUGGGCUUUCUGCUUAUAUACGUGACGGGGAGGCCUGACAUGCAGAAGCAGAGAGUGGUGGCAUGGUUGGCACAGCAUAACUUCCCACACGGCCUCAUGUCAUUUUGUGACGGACUGGUUCACGACCCACUUCGACACAAGACCAACUUUCUCCGAAGCCUUCAGCAAGAGGCUCAUAUGAGGAUCCACACAUCAUAUGGGUCGAGUAAAGACAUCGGAGUGUACCACGCUCUGGGGCUGUCUCCAUCGCAGAUAUACAUCGUGGGACGGCCAUCGAAAAAACACCACCUCCAAUGUCAGUACAUCUCCGAAGGCUACGCGGCUCACCUCGUGCAGCUGGAGUGCAGCAGCAUCUCGCGGCCGGCUCAAGUGAACGCACGCGUGCAGCACCACGCGCGGGCCCUGGACCUGGCAGGCCACGGCACCCGCCCCUCGCGGCCUCUCCCGCCGUGCGAGGCGGCGGGCUGUGCCCACGCUGCGGAGCGAGCGCACAGCCAAUCGGAGCCCGAGGCGGAUCCCGAGCGGAGGCAGCACGGCCAGAGGAGCAUGAGCGUGACCGUGUCGCAUGUUGAGCACUGAGCCUGGGCCCACGCUCCAGUAGAGCUCUUCCACCCCCACGCUUCAAGCCCCGUUCGUCAGGUGCCACUGUUUUCAGUUAAAAUAUUCACCCGGACGAUCACUUCAGAUGGAACGUCCCGUUUGCAAGGGGUGUCCCAGGCUUUUGAUUGGUGUGCACGUACACAUCGGUACAUACACAUAUAGAUGCGUACCCAUGAACGCUCAGAUUUUUUAAUCGCAACCAGUAAGCAUUUUCAUAAUUGAUUAUUAGUUUAAAAAUUCAGGAACUGGGAAUCGUUUUCAUUGGAAGUUUAGCAAUAAAUGGCGCGCGCAAACGUACCAACAGCAUGCAUCGGAUAUUUGCCCUCAUUUCUCAGUUAAAACGUAACAGUGCUUGCUAACAGCACUACUGGUGGAAAGGCCUCCACUAAAGGGAGCUCUCGAGAAUAUUUGGCUGCUCUUCCACGCUGACCAGACCUCUUGGCGUACCCACGCCUUUCCCCACCGCACGCUACCUGCCGAUCGACUGUGGUGGACCCAUUUGUAUCGUUGGGUGAACAGAGGCGGUGGUGGGGGGGGGGGUUUAAGAAAACUUGCAGCAUCGUUUCCACUGCCGCGCCGAGAGAUAAAAUUGAUAAGGUGACCUCUGGAUUGCAAGUCCUGUGUGUUAUCACACCACUAUUACUCCAUUCAUAUUUCAGCUAAAAAUGUGUCUAUUGCUCGACAGUCCUACACAUGCGACAAACUGGUAACUAGUUUUGACAAAAAAUGUUAAUGCUAUAACUCGAAUAUACACACAACUGCCGCCAUUCGCCACGAAGUGGCGGUAACGUCGCUAUGGCGCUUAUCCCAAGCCAGGUGCAACCUGAGGCCACGUGAAGUGUUGAAGGCUCGCUGACAGGUCACGGGACAGACCCGGGAAAGUACUGUUAGCGAGCUCCAAUGAAGGCCAAUAGGGCACAGUACCAUGGCCAGCCACCUGUCUUACCAGUGGUGAUGUUUGACCACUACACCAGCUGCUCAUUUUAGGUUAAGUGGACCUAGGGGAGGCACAGGACCGGUUCAGAUACUCAUCACUUAUGUUGGCCACGAGUGAGAAUCGGACUUGGAUCACAGGGUUCGUAGUUACUACAAUACCUCUACCCACCACACAUAUACUCGCAUACAUUAAUACGUAUGUCCGCUACACGCAUAUACACGCAUACAUAGCAAACUAGUAACGGCACGUAUAAAAACAUUUAAUUCCACGCAAAAGUCAUGGUUUUGCAGGAUAUUCAGUGAGACAUCAGUUUUGUUAAGCCCAGUUAAACCUCUUCAUACUAUUUUGCAUGGCCCCAGCCAAAUUGAAUGUUGGAUGUGGGCACACGUUGAUAAACUCGGGAGCAAUGACCAUGCUACAAGAAAUCACUGACUUUAGACACGGGAUGUUAAUAUGCACAAAAAUGCCACAUGGGAAUGGUAUUACAAUGUUGCACUGUACCGCAAGUUUUUCAUUAUCAGAAUAUAUCCUUAAAAAAGUGGAUUCUUAAGCUCUGAAUAAUGCCAAACUUGUUAGAAUUAUGCUGUUGUGCGGUGGGUUUUGCACACUGAUUGGCAAAAAAUCCAACAAAUUGCCCAACACCAAUGGGAGUAUUUUGCUCGCAUGCUUCGAACACUGUCACUUAACGCUUUCACAGCCUUAUAUUUUUUAAAUGCUGCCCGGAAGCCAGACAAUUGUGGCGUUCAUGGUUAUGGGUGAAGCUGGGGCCAGUACUGUGUUUUGGUAAAUGGUGUGUGGAAUAUUUUGGAGGGGGAGGGGGGGGGUAUGACCUUGGGCCGUAUGUGCAAUUAUUUUUCUUUCCUUUCUCAGAUGUUGCUACUAGAUGGCAGCAGCAGACAAUCGUGUGUGUGUGCGUCGCCCGCAAAACAGAAACAGGAAGGGCACCCUUUGCCUGGGUCCCGAGGGGUAAGACGGGCGAUUAAAAACCCAAUCACAUGUUUGAAUAGGUUGUAUCACGAUACAUGUCACCGCUGAGCUCUAGAGUUGUAGAAGUUGAAACUGCAAGGAACUCGUAAGUCCCUGCUCUAGCCCAACGGAACUUUCUUGGCCACUUUUUUUUAAAAAGACUGCCUUGACGAAUAUUGUUGCAUGGGUCCAGAAUAGUUGUGAAGCAAUGAGGUGCUGUCGGCCGCAUUCUCUUUGUAUAAAUCGCCACGGAUAUAUUUAAUGUGUGUUGCCCUGUCCCAUUGCAGGAUGUUAUCGGGUCAGAUAGCAUUUUGCAAAAGAAACAUGUUCGUUGAUGGGAGCAACUGUGUGCCAAUGUGCUGCGCGUUACUCAUAGGGAACUGUUCACGUGUGGAAUUGUUGCACUAUUUUGUUUUAAAAUAUAAAAUUGAUAUUCGAGUAUAAAGCACUGAACAUUUAUCCUCCGUAGCAACUCAAUGCGAUGAGUAAAGUUAGGUUGUAUAAAAAAUAAUCUAGUUUUAGUAAAGGACCAAAGGCAAUGUUUUGGCCUAACCUUGGCUUGUGAGUUUCGUAACGUUAAUAUAUAUACCGUAUAUCGGCUGGCAUGCACAUCCUGUGUAUUGAUAAUUGUAGGUGACUUGUGUUUUUAAAGCUUUUGUACAAGUAAUAAUUCCCCACAAUUUACGAACAAUACCUAAUUCGUUUCCAGUAUGACGUACAGUACUGUUGUAUGCAAUGUAUGAUGUUCAGAGUAUUGUAUUUUACACUUCGGUCUGGCCAAAGUAUUUCCUUGUACAGCCUAAUAAGCAUGCGAAUCUCGUGAUAAUGGAAAUGUGAGCAACGUUUGUGUACACUGAGUGCUCCCUCUAGCAUUGCUGCAAGUCCUUUAGGGGUUUCCUUGACUAAAUUGUUAUUUUGUGAGGUAGCCUUGGCAGGAUAAUGGCAGACUUGGUGAUAAAAUACUGCAUCACCGGCUUCUAUGGGACCAUGAUGGAGUUAAUGCAGUAACAUUGUAGAGUGUUUGGUAAUAAAUGUGUUGACUGUA